AUGUCUACACAAGACGUUGAUAUCUUUGGAAGCAGAUCGCUUGCAAGAGCGUUUGCUCUCGGAGACAUUGAUGAUCCCUCCAUACCACCACAUCUUCGUUUGCAUGAUCCUAUCACGGGUACCCCAAAAAGCAAGCGUGAGGCACUGCCCAAGUUCAAGUGCCUCCUCCCUACCUGCACGACCACCCUCCGCUCACAGGAGGAGCUCAUGGGCCAUCAGUGGCAGAAGUGCCAUUAUUAUUGCACUGACUGUGAGCGAGAUUAUCCUGACCUCGAGUCACUCGGCAAGCACAACAGUAUUGUUCACAAGCAAUCUCAAGACCUGAUUUGUCCUGGGUGCGAAUACAAGAGUGAGACUGGAGCUGGAUUAAUUGGACAUGUCGAACGCGGCGAAUGCCCCCGCAUCUUCCCAUCCUUCCUACACAAGCGACGUCAGGAUCAGAUUGUGUUCAACGAAGCCCUGCGCAAGAUGAACCCGGCUAAUGAAGACUUUGUCCUCACCGGGAACAUGGCCAAGAUGGAUAUCAGCGAUAAACAUCGUCCCCACACCAAGCCCGAUGAGCGCAUUCCCAGCUAUAAACUUACUACCAAGAACUUCCCCGAGCUUGGCAAGGAUCUCCAGGAUUAUCGUAGCGGCAACGCUCGAGUUCCUGACCUUCUGACCGGGAAUGAUAUGCCGACGCACUGUACUCCUGCCGUUGGACAAGUCGAGAACCAGUGGAAUAAGGAGCAGAACCUCCUCUUGGAUAUCGGUCCCAGCACACGACCUACAACUCGCCAGCUGGAGACGCUCAGCGUGGCUGCCCCUUCCACCCGUGAUGUCAAUCCCAUCGAGAGAAUCAGCGACCCGGACAACCCUGGAUUCAGCGCGGCCGUCUUCUACCAUCCGAUCCUGCAGCAAUUCGUCUGCCCUCAUGGCUGCAAGAAGAAGCACAAAAACGCCAGGGCCUUGGUCGCCCACCUCAAGUCACCGGCCCACCGGGAAGACGUCGUGUUCAAGUGCCCCCGCUGCCUCCGCGACUACCGGGGCAUGGCGCCGGCGCUGGCCCACGCCGAGAACGCCAGCCGCAGCUGCAACAUCCGCGAGACGGGGGAGUUCCGCAGGUUCGUCGACCACGUCACCGGCGGCAUGCUCGACGGUCUGAACGGCAAGGAUGAGUGCCUCGAGGACGGCCGGCCCCGCAUGGUCGUCCCCCGGGCCUUCUACGAGGCGCUUCCCCUCCCGAGCCACCUCGAGCUCGGAGGACGUAAGGAGCAGGCUGCUCACCUCGGUCGUGGUAGGAUGGCAGAGUGGGAGGAUGAGACGCAUUGA